GGACUCUCUUUGUGAUUUAUCCGUCGACCAGGCAGCAAAACCCUACCAAGGAAAUAAACAAAACAAGAAAUGAAAUGGUGAGAGUGAGCAGGGUGCUUCUGAGAGAUGCCAGGGUUGGAAUCAACAAGACUCUCUCUGAGAUACUUGUUUGCCCACUAUCCAAGCAACCAUUAAGAGUAUGCGAGGAAUCAGGUUCUUUGAUCAGUGAUGCCAUUGGCGUUUCUUAUCCUGUAGUGGAUGGAAUCCCUUCCCUGGUGCCAAAGGAUGGCAAGAUACUUGCAGCUGAUGACAUUGAAAAACCAGACAGUGAUGUGGCUUCGGAUUCUGCCAACAAGGAAUAUCAAAGUGUUGGACAAUCUCUUUCAACAGAUGCACUAUUCUUUCCAAGAGCAAGUGGAAGAUCACAGUCAAUUGAACAGUUUAAAUGUCAAUUGUUACUUCAAAUCCUAUAUUUCUAAUUAAUCUAGUGAAUAAUUUAUCAGCACUUCAGUGCAUCUUCAGCUGGAACCUUUUACAGAUUAAAUAUGUUUGAGGUAGAUAAUGUUUCAAGUGGAGUGAUUCUGUACUACUAAAUUACUCUUGUAUCUGCUCUAUACAUUGAGGGUUUAUGUUGUUAGGUUGGGAAAUAUUGCUUUCUGUUUCUUGUCUCUGUUGAGCGUGCUUUUUUCCUAGAAACAGCUAUAAAAUUUUAUCUGUUGAGGUUU